UACAAGAGUUCCCAUCUGAAGAAAUUACAGACUGAAGAACAAAUGUCAACCCGGAAUCUCACUGCAAAGUUGUCUAAAUUCCUCCCUGCCGGUGCAACGGGUGGUUGGAGCACUAGAGCGUUUGUCACGGCUGCAAGACCCCUUCAGUGCAAGAAGUCCGAAGAGAGUGCUGAAAGCGUGAAAGAAGCUGCAGAGUCAGUUAAAGAUGCAGCUGAAUCUAUUUCUACAAGUGUGAAAACAAUGUCCGAUAAAGUGAGUGAAACAGCUGAUGUCGUCAAAGAGAAAGCAGCAGAAUUGUUCUCAUUGGGAGCAGCCAAAAUUGCCACAGAGUUUGUCAAGAAAAAAAAUGAGAUGAAAAAAGAAGGCAACAAGAACAAAAAAUGAAGCCAAACUAGAAUUGCGGCAUUUCCUUUCCUCAGAUUUUGACCAUUUUAAUUGCAAGAAAUAACAAGAUUAAGUUAAGCCUAACGUUGUUAGUGACAAGUCAAUAUAUGAAAUAUUGAGAACAAUGUAUAUGUU